AUGCCGAAGCAGCAUUUGGUGCGGUCCGUUUACCCCACCAGAAGCACGCCACACCCCCCUCCGGUGUACGCACGUUACAUCUCAGGCGUCAAAGGCGAUGAUGCUAAAAAGGACGGCAAAAACCACACCAGCGGAUGUGCGGUGAGUGCGGUACCUCGCUUUGGUCGUCGGGUGGCUCGGAGGAUGGUUUCAUUGAUCUUUACAAGGGAAGAGUUUGACGACAUCCCCGCAUCGAGCAAAGUGACUCCAGAGCAGGUGCGAAAUCUCAAGGCGAUUGAUCGGUUCCUUCCAGCAUUUGCGAAGCGGCCGGCAUUCUAUGCUGUGGACUUCUUCACCCGACGUCGUGUGAUGCUGGUUCUGCUGAUCAUUUCGAUCCUUCUUUCGUGUUCUAACUUCCACAAGGAUGUGUUUUCCCUCACAUCUUCGUUCAUUGUGGCAGAUGAGGAUCGACCAGGUCUUUGUUUCCUUCAAAAUUACACAAUUCGGCGCAAAUAUCCCAUCAUGAUCGUUCCAGGGUUCAGUUCGACGGCAUUGGAGGUGUGGAAUAAUGAACUGGAGUGUGCGAAGGCUCAGCAGUUCUUCACCUCAGACUUCCGUCAACGUAUGUUUAGUCCACGGAUGUUGUUUUUGCUCAUUAAGGAUCCUGCGUGCUAUCUACAGCUUUUCUCUCUCGAUAAGAUCACUGGCUAUGAUCCACCGGGUGUGAAGAUCCGUCCGGAUACGGGCUUUAGCGCGUCCGACUUUUUCAUGCCCGGGUACUGGGUGUGGGCGAAGGUGCUGCUCAACCUCGCCGACAUUGGCUACGACCCGCAGAACAUGGGCGUCUUCUCGUACGAUUGGCGGCUCUCACCACGCCGCAUGCACCACCGCGACGGGCACUACUACUACCUGCGCAACCACAUAGAGUACCUUUACGAGAAGAAUAAGGAGCGGGUGGUUUUUAUCUCCCACAGUUACGGUUCGUGCGUCCUCGUUGACUUCUUCCGCUGGACAGAUGAGCAUGAGCCUGGGUGGAUGGACAAGCACGUCGCCCACUGGAUUAACAUUGGCGGCGCGGUGAUGGGUGUGGCGAAGUCCGUGUCGGCGGUCCUCGCGGGGGAAGCCAAGGACACACUCACGUUACCGGGGCCGGUGCGCCAGAUGCUAGACACCCACUUAUCCCGCAAUCUGCGCAUGGAGGUGGCGCGCUCGUGGUCAUGUCAGACGGCGAUGUACCCGCGUGGAUGUAACGAUAUCUUCCCGGAUAUCAUUACACUACACAACGGCACGCGUCUCACACCGAAGGAGGUGUUGCACCUCACUGCGCAGCAGCUGCGCGAGAGCGGCCACAAGGCGCAGGAGCAGCAAGUGCAGGAGCUCAUCGAGCACUUCGGUGAGCUGCCCUCCCUCCCGCCGGCACCGAGGGUGUCGGUGCUGUGCAUGUACGGUGUCGACCGACCGACGGAAGUCGGAUAUGUCUGGAGCAACGACGAAGGCGUGAACGUCACGUAUCAGCAGACAGAGCGCGCCACCAACGGCGUCAUUCUCGGCGACGGCGACGGCACUGUGCCGCUCCUCGCGCUGGGGUACAUGUGCCGCGCAGAAAACGGCUGGCGGCGUAGCGUGGGGCGCGUCGUCACGCGGGAGCACAAGCACAGCACCGGCUCAAUGAUGGACUUUCGCGGCGGCUCCGUCAGCGGUGACCACGUCGACAUUCUUGGCAACUACGACCUGCUGGAAACCAUUCUCAAAGUCGUCUCCGGCAACGCGGAGACGGAGGACGAGCUGCAGGACCGCAUGUACUCGGACGUGGACAAGCGCAUUGCCGAGGCGACGGAGUGCGCUGACAAGGACGCGCAAAAGACCGGCGCAACAGAGUAG